UUCCUUGAAAGGUACUGAAUGACUGGUGAUAAUUUGUUGUUACCAUAGACCGUGACUGAAUAGCAGCAGUAGCAUCAGCAGCUUUCAAUGUUACUUGCGAGCAUUUUUGUCCCUCUAGGCUUGCCGUACUUGCCGCACCGAGUGGGAGGGGUCUGCCGGUUCGCUUAGCUACUCCUGAAAGUUUGCGGAAGUUUUUACAGCUGAAGUUCAAGUCAACCACCAAAGGGGUAAACCUGAAGGAAUCGUGUUUUUUUUUCUUUUUUCCUUUAAUAGAUGGACCUCAGUUCAGAGAAAAUACAGCGGAUCCUCUCUAAGUACAAAUUCCAUGAUGUUGCUGUUGAGGAGCUGCAGAAGAUACAUCGAAUCUACCCUGGGAUGUCCCCAUCCACAGGCACAUUCACCUUCAGUGACAGCACCCAGAAAGAUCUCCUGAAAUUAAUUGGUAACGUCCCUGUCAAGUAUGAUGGCCGCUCCUACAACUUCCCCAUUCAGCUGUGGCUGAUGGACUCCUUCCCCUUCACUCCUCCCAUAUGCCUCCUGAGACCGACCCCUAACAUGGUCAUCAGAGAGGGCAAGCAUGUUGACGCCAGGGGACGGAUCCAUCUACCGGGGCUACACAGCUGGGAUUAUCCCAAAUCGUCUGUGGUGGGUCUUCUGUCUGAGAUGAUUGCCAAGUUUGAGGAGGAUCCUCCGCUGUCCUCGAAGACCACAGGAGACAACAAAGACCCCCAGGAACUUCUGGCAUUCGUCUCAAAUCUCCAGAUCAAUGAUGGCGGAAUCAAACAUCAUAAUCAACCCAUCAACAAAGUCUCAGUUAUUGGGGGAGGAGAUUUGGGAAUGGCUUCUGUGAUGAGCAUUUUGUCUAAGUGUAGCGUGGAUAAACUGGUUUUCACUGACGUCACUGAGAGUUCCACCAAGGGCGGCAGCACUGAUCUAGAGAUUUUCAGUCUGCCAAAGGUUGAGGUGUCCAGAGAUUUUUCAGCCUCUGCAGGCUCCAGAGUGGUUGUGGUGACUGCAAACGCAUGGAGCAGUGAGCAGUCGUACGUAAGCGUGGUUCAGACCAACGUGGACUUGUACAGAGGAAUCAUCCCGAAUCUGGCGCGACUCAGCCCUAACGCCGUGAUGAUCAUCGCUUCACAACCAGUGGACAUCAUGACCCACGUAGCCUGGAGGCAGAGCGGCUUACCUCCAACACAUGUGAUUGGAGCAGGGUGCAACCUGGACUCAGAGCGACUCAGUCACGUUUUGGAUAUUAACUUGAACACCCACAAACAAGCCUGGGUCAUAGGAGAGCUUUCAGACAACAAAGUUGCUGUCAUGAGUAACACUGGGCUGAGCUCCAGCGCACAGCCACAGAUCGCCCCAGGAUCCAACACUACCAAACCACUGUUAGACAGAGCGUUUGAGAUUAUGAAGAAUCGAGGCCAGCGGUCGUGGUCCGUGGGUCUGUCCAUCGCUGACAUCACAAACAGUAUCCUGACAAAUAAAAUGAAGGCCCACUCUGUCUCCACACUGGCUCAGGGCUGGGGUGGUAUAGGUACAGAGGUGUUCCUCAGCCUGCCGUGCAUCAUGGGAUCAAACGGUUCUACACGCCUGGCUGGAGUGUCACUGGGACAGGAAGAAGACUCCAAACUCAGGGACAGUGUCACGUCCCUUUCUAACCUCAUGAGUCAACUCAGGAUAUGAUUGCACUCCCAGUUUGUGGCCUUACUGACCAGCCUGGCAGGGCAGUUCUCCCCUCAGCACACCCUCAGCAGAGAGGCAGUGCCUGCGCUGAAAUUAAAUGCAGUUUCAGUUAGCGACUUACAUAGAAAUUUUGAAGUAAUGGACAGGAUUUCUGUCUUAAAUGUGUGCAAUUUAAUCAUAAGAUCUGUUUUUCCCUUGUCCUUGGACACUGUGUAUUAAAUAUGGGUACAAAAAAAUCUGAAAGAUGAAUGUAGAGAUUGUAUUUUUGUAUUUAAAUUUACCAGGAUGAUUAGAAGUUACUCAUAUUGUCUCAUACAAAAUUUGCAAUUUGGAACAUGUUACAUAAAUGAAUCGUUAUAUAACUUCUAUGCAAAAGCAUCAAAAGCACUAUGAUGCUUAUAGUUUUCCAUAACCAUAUUUUUGUCAAUAACACCUCAAGUUGUAUGUGAUAAUGCAAUUAUCAUUUUCUUCUACUAACCCCUUACUAAUUUGGAGAAAAUUGGUGCUGAUACUUGUGUCACUGAUGAAUUGUAGCUUGUAUAUUUUAAUAGCCUUAUUUGGUGUCUUACUGCAGUUUCCAUAUUUAAAGACAAUAUGAAAAAACUUUAAAAAUGCCUUAAUAUUUAAAUAGCCUUUUCUCUUACUUUUGUUUACUUUGUGUAAAGACAUGGCACAGCUAGAACCUAAGAUAUGUACAGGAAGUAAAACUACAUGAUUUUGUGGGUGUGCAAUAAAUACAUGAUACCAGA